AUGGCUCGAACCGACGAAGCAGAAGCAUUUUACUAUGCAGUUUAUAAUGCGAUACAAGAAAUUCCUUACGGCAAGGUGACAAGCUACGGUCAUAUUGCACGGCUAAUUGGGACUCCUCAAAGACCACGUCAAGUAGGAGUCUGUCUCAAACACCUUCCCACUGACCUAUCACUCCCCCACCACAACGCCAACGUUCCCUGGCAACGAGUUAUCAACUCGAAAGGCAUCAUAUCUCCCAGAGGCCAUCCCUCAGGAGCAGCGCAUCAAGCAGCAGCUCUUCGUGCCGAAGGUGUAACCGUUACUCAGUCGAAUAUGGGAGAAUUCAUGAUAAACUUUUCUGAGUACGGGUGGUUUCCAAAACAACUACCCAGUGAGGAGGCAGAAGGCUUAGAACCUCAUGUAUUUACUGAUGAGGAAGAUAAUUGA